AGUAGGAGACUGGCAGCUGCUACUCCGCAGAAAUAAGGCUGUACUGUGGUCAGCCAUGCAGAACGGAGGGAAAGAAAGAGGGAAAGAAAGAGGGAAAGUAAGAAAGAGAACAAGAGAUAGCAAGUGAGAGAUACACCUUUGUGAGUGCAAUGUAUACUGUUGAUUUCACAUGUUAUUUUGUCGAUGUCCUUCUGUGUCUUCUCACUUUUGUUUAUUGUUUAUUUUCACCUGUUUUGUAAACAUGUUGCUCAUGUCCAUUGAUGGAUACUGUGUGGGGGAGAGGAAGACAAAGUAUUAUAGUGGCUAUGAUGCACCCUAGAUAGAACACGGCACAAGUGCGAGAAAACAACAUUUACCAGGCGAGCAGAGAGAAUACGGAAAGGGUAAAACACAUCAUGUCUCUAAAUAGACGUCAGAAAAAGAGAAGUGUGAGAAAGAGAGAGAGAGAGAGAUGUGUAGAGCUAGCUAGUAGCUACGGUAGUGUCCACAGUAGCAGCGUGUCUUAAUAAGGGAGGGACAGAGAGAGAGAGAUGUGUAGAGCUAGCUAGUAGCUACGGUAGUGUCCACAGUAGCAGCGUGUCUUAAUAAGGGAGGGACAGAGAGAGAGAGAUGUGUAGAGCUAGCUAGUAGCUACAGUAGUCUCCACGGUAGCAGAGUGUCUUAAUAAGGGAGGGACAGAGAGAGAGAGAGACAGCCACUGAGACCCUAGUGGGAUAGCAGGCUACACUGGGACAGACUGAUUUUGUGGGAUUAACCGACUAACCGGAUACGGAAUAACAGAUCACGGUUGAAGAGGAGGAGGAAGGAGAGAAAAGAGGAAGAAAGAGGGAGGAUCGACUUUUGACGUGAAGGAGAUUCAUGGGUAACCUCCUGAAAGUGCUGGCUUGCUCCGACCUAGAGCAUGGCCCAAUCAUUUUCCUUGACUUUGAACAUGCCCAGCCUACGGAGGCAGAGACGGCGGUAUGGAACCAGGUCAGUGCUGUCCUGGAGGAGGCCCACGGCAUCCUGGCUGAACUACAGUCAUACAACGGGGCGGGACAGGAGAUACGAGAGGCCAUCCAGAACCCAGGUGAUCUGCAGCUACAGGAGAAGGCCUGGAACGCAGUCUGCCCCCUGGUGGCCAAGCUCAAACGCUUCUACGAGUUCUCCCUCCGACUGGAGAAUGCCCUGCGUAGCCUGUUGGAGGCGCUGACGAGCCCUCCCUACGCUCCCAUGCAGCACCUGGAGAGAGAACAGGCCCUGGCCAAACAGUUUGCUGAGAUACUCCACUUUACCCUCAGCUUCGACGAACUAAAGAUGACAAACCCAGCCAUUCAGAAUGACUUCAGCUACUACAGGAGAACCAUCAGUAGAAACAGGCUGAACAACCAGCAGUUGGAGGCGGAGAACGAGGUGAACAACGAGAUGGCCAAUCGGAUGUCUCUGUUCUACGCCGAGGCCACACCCAUGCUGAAGACCCUGAGUAAUGCCACCACCAAGUUUGUGUCAGAGAAUAAGACCUUACCCAUUGAAGACACCACAGACUGCCUGAGCACCAUGGCCUGUGUGUGUCGCGUCAUGCUGGAGACCCCUGAGUACCGUUGUAGGUUCACCAACACAGACACCGUGUUGUUCUGUAUGAGGGUGAUGGUGGGAGUGAUCAUCCUGUACGACCAUGUCCACCCUGUAGGAGCCUUCGCCAAGACCUCCAAAAUAGACAUGAAGGGCUGCAUCAAGGUGCUGAAAGAACAGCCUUCCAACAGCGUGGAGGGACUACUGAACGCACUGAGGUAUACAACCCGACAUCUAAACGACGACAGCACCUCUAAACAAAUCAGGGCUCUUCUUCAAUGAAAGAUGGAAGAGAGGCGAGUGUGAAGGAAGGAGAGAGAGAGAGAGAGAGAGAGAGAGAGAGAGAGAGAGAGUGCACACAGAGGGAGGAGAAGUAAAAACGAAGGAGAACAACCUGUGUUGGCUGAAUCCUGUUUGUUUACAUGAAUGAAAAGCUAAAUGAUCAGGUCUGAUAAAAAACCUCUGAUGAGAAGUUUAUGUAUUGAUCAUCGUUCUGUCUCUCAUUUUGUAAAAAAAAAAUAGAAAAUGAAGGAAAAUAAUCUAUAGAGAUAUAUAUUAAAGAAAGAAAAAAAAACUAAACAGAUUUCUAAUAAGACUGAAGAGGAAGAACAACAAGGAAAAUAUUAGAAAAAUAUCACGGUCAGGGAAUAAAAACUGAAGCAAAAAAAAUGAAAAUAAACAAAAAAGUUUCAUAUUCCCGAACAACAACGUUAGUCUGAAGAAUAUUUUUGCAUUCACGUAGAAUAUAAACAGCGACCGGCUGUCAGUCUCCACCUAGUUGCUGGAAAAGAUUUAAACCAGGCUCCAUUAAUUAAAAACUGUAAAGAAUAGACUGGGAUUGACAAAACGGCCUGAUUCCAGACCAAUGGCUUCUCCUUCUCCAAAAAUCCUUGUUGACUCCCCUUGAUCUAAAAUGACUUGGAGUUGGGAGAAUUGUGGAGGAAACACUUCAGAACAUACCAGAAGGCUAAUGGGAGUUUUAACCAUAUUGCUGAUACCAAUCCAAACAAUUUGUCAGAUUGUCAACAAGGUCCUAGGUUUCGGGAAGAGGUAUUGGUUUGGGACCGGGCCCCUGUGUAGAUUAUAAUCAGUCACUGCAUUGAUGGUCCAUCCCAAUAGUUUGAAGGGGCUUCCUCUUCUCCUCCUCUCCUCUCCUUGUCUCCUCUCCUCCAUUUACACUGAACUGACAA